GAGAUGCAGGACGCUCGCCUUCGCUUGGGGGCCCCAGGGGAGACGAUGUCCGAGAAGGAGCAGGGCGAGUGGCAGGAGAAGCGCAGGCUCUUCUUCAAGCAGACGCAGGAUUCGGAGGAGGAGCGCAAGAAGAAACUCAAGAAGCUCGUCCAAUCGACCCCGAGGAUCGCCACUGCCGAGUGGCUCAAGGUACUGGAUCGUGGCAUUCUCAAUGGAUGUGGUUUCGGGCUGGAGCAUUUCCAGAACGCGAAGGCGCUCUCUGACCUUGGGGUGUACGACGGCACGCAGACAGGGAUCACAGACGACGACGCCCUUAAAGCAUUUCUUGGUCAGCUACCUUCGUCAGUGAACUGCUUGGUUCUCAGCUCGGACCAGGAGGCCAAGCAGUUGAGCGGCUACAACUUCGCAAAGGACGUCCUCAAGCUCACAUGUGUAUUGAUCGGAGAUUGGUUUCAUCGUUGCUGGAACGAUCUUGGUGCAGCCGUUCGCAAAGCAGGUCUCCACUCCAUCUACGUGCAGAAGCUGCAGCUGCACAACUUCCCACGCGGCUGCGGCCAUCCAUCCUACACGAUCGCCUUGGGAUUGAAGCAGACGUUGCAGAUGACAGCCAAGCUGGUGAAACAGGACAUGCACACUCGAGCGCUCGCACUUGCGAAGCUGGUCAUUGACAAGGGGUGGGCAUCGGAUGUCGACGAGCUGUUCGAGUGUGACUCCUGGCGGGACAUCGCUGUGCCAGGGCGGCCAGCAAGUCGCCCGAUGGCUGCUCGUGCAGCGAGGGCGGCGCCCACCCAGAUGCGAGACAGAUGCAAGAACGGCAUGCACGCUGCGGCCAAGAUCGCACGCAACAGAAGCAUCACCGAAUAUGGGAGGCUCAUCGCAGAAUUGACCAGGCCCUUCUACACCGACUUCAGCGAAGCUUCCUGGCGAGUGCUCGACGUCCUGAAGAAGCUCCUCCACCUCAAGCGCGACAUCGGCGUGCUGGACCACUGCGGCUUCACUGUGCGCUUUGAUCCCGCUACCAUGGCUGAGCUGCACCACUUGCACCCCGCCGUCGCCCACGAGGAGUCCCCGGCACUUACAUUCGGCAAGUUGAUGGACAUCUUGAUGCGCAUCAGGGUCGGCUCAUGUCCGUGGCACACGUGUGGCUACCCAGGCAAGCUCGCCAUCAUCAACAACCCUGCCAAGCUUCCAGAACUGUUUCGCAACCUUCGGCAGGAUUUAGAGGUAUGGCACGCUGCCCGCAAACAAGGUAAUGCCACUGUGAAGGCCAUGUUGAAGGGUUCGACGAUGGGCCCUGAGUCACCAUUUAUGUCGUGGGUGGCAGCGUUUGCUCAAGCUGUCGAAUUCGACUCCGCAGCAGCCCCCAAGCAGAUGACAGACUUGAUAUCGAAGGUCUUCCAGGGGCUGGGCCAUAGCCGCAUCAACGAGGAUGCAAACAAACUUCUGCGAGAUACCGAGGGCCGUGAGAACCCAAACCACAACGUCGCUUUUGUUAGAAUGUGGUCGGCGCUAGCAAACAGCAAGCUCCUGCAGACUGAGGAGAGAAAGGAGAUCCCCCCUGAGUCUCAAUGCAGUCCUCCAUGUUCCCAGCUGCCUGACAAGCUGUUCAAGGCCGCCCUUCGUACCGAAGGCGCUGACACUGACGACCAGAAUUCCGACCAGUGCAGCGUCGAGAUGGAGAAGGCCAUCAACCAAGUGACUGGCCCACAAACUCGGUCAACUAACACACCUGAGAGCCAGCAACAACGCAUCGCAGACUUCGAAGCGCUGAAGAUCAUGCAUGCAAAUGGGCUCUGGGACAAAGCUGAUGCGGCUUGGCGCGCUGCCUUGAUUCCAGAGGGGGCCCUCAUCAGGGCUAAAAGUAUUGGCGAGGUCUACUUCGCUGUCCGCUCGUACUUGCGGUCCGUGCUCACAUGGCCUUGCGUUAAGGUGCAUGGUGAGCCAGCGGACGUCGAGCUCUGGGACUAUUGCAUGCAUGUGCCACCUCUGCGAUGGAGGCUGGUUUGGGAUUUAGACAACUACGAAGUACUGCCCACAAAGCAUGUUCCGCCGAUUACGAUUGCAAUGCGAGGUGGGAAAUCCAAAGGGGUGAUCAAACAACAAACGGGACCUGCUCAGUACGUGCCCGAAUUUCAAGCUCAAGCGGGCUUCGCCGGUGUUCCAGAGUCAGCGCUGCGCAAACUCAGGGAGCUCCUCAAGGCCGGCAGCGCCGACACCUCUGACGGCGAUGACCAGAAGAUGGACCUUGUCGUGGCCCUCCUGAAAAAAAAGAUCGUGCCAACGAAGAAGGUCCACGAAAUCAACGCGAUACUGGCCAACGCGUUCCACGAGGAGAAUCCCGAAGCCGACGGCGCUUGGUCCGAGGACUUCGAGACGGUGUUCGACGUCGUCACCCAGGGCGAGGGCAAGGACAUGGUUCAAUACUUUGAG